UCCACAGAGCACAGAAGUCAGGGUUCUCCCCAGCACACACUGGAACAGAGCAGGCUCCUCAGGCCUCCAGGAUGCCCAUCCCUGCCUCCCAGCCCCGCCCCCCUCUUCCUUGCCUGCUGCUGACUCUACUGCUGGGACUCACAGGAGCGGCAGGUGAGGAGCUGCAGGUGCUUCAGCUUGAGAAGUCAGUGUCAGUUGCAGCUGGAGAGACGGCUACUCUGCGCUGCACCCUGACCUCCCUGCUCCCUGUGGGGAACGUCAUGUGGUUCAGGGGGACAGGGUCAGGCCGGGAGUUAAUCUACAGUUUCAAAGGAGGCCACUUCCCCCGAGUAGAAAAUGUUGCAGAUGUCACAAAGAGAAACACCACGGACUUUUCCAUCCGCAUCAGUAACAUCACCCCGGCAGACACUGGUAUCUACUACUGUGUGAAGUUCCAGAAAGAGAGCCCUGAUGAUGUGGAGUUUAAGUCUGGACCAGGCACCCAGCUCACCGUGAGUGGUGAGUACAGCCCAAACCGACUCCCCCCCGUGGUAUCGGGCCCCACGGUGAGAGUCCCACCUGAGGAGACAGUGAGCUUCACCUGCGAGUCCCACGGCUUCUCCCCCAGACACAUCACCCUGAAGUGGUUCAAAAAUGGGAAUGAGCUCCCAGCCUCCCAGACCAACGUGGACCCAGACGGAGAUGGCGUUUCCUACAGCGUCUCCAGCACAACCAAGGUGGUGCUGGCCCCGGGGGAUGUUCGCUCCCAGGUCCUCUGCGAGGUGGCCCACAUCACACUGCAGGGGUGCCCUCCUCUUUGUGGGACGGCCAACUUGUCUGAGACCAUCCGAGGUCCGCCCACCUUGGAGGUUUCCCAACAGCCCACGGCAGGGAACCUGGUGAACGUCACCUGCCAGGCGAACAAGUUCUACCCUCGGCACCUAAAGCUGACCUGGUUGGAGAAUGGAGACGUGUCCCGAACAGAAAUGGCCUCAACACUCAUAGAGAACAAGGAUGGGACCUUUAACUGGACGAGCUGGCUCCUGGUGAACUCAUCUGCCCACAGGGAGGAUGUGGUGCUCACCUGUCAGGUGCAGCAUGACGGGCAGCCGGCGGUCACCAAACACCAUACCCUGGAGGCCUCUGCCCACCAGAAGGAAGGGGACACAGGUGGAAUCCCUGGUGAGGCCUCCACUCCAACUGAGCUGGCUCUUUUAAAAUUUUAUCCUUUUUAGAUAUUAAAAUUA